GGGCCGACUACAAAGCCUUGGGGCGGGCGCCGGGGCGCGGAGUACCCGCAAGCGCAGGCAGGAGCGCCGCGCAGCGUCUCGUGCACGGCGGGAGCGGCCCGCGAGUGGACGGGCCCGGCUGCCGGACCGGUGCCCCUGCCGCCCCGCUCGCUCCCCGCCGCCCCCGAUGAGCGCAGCCCCACGCGGCCCGGGUCCGUAGGCGGCGGGGCGCCCCCCAUGCUGCUGCAGCCCGCGCCGUGCGCCCCGAGCGCGGGCUUCCCGCGGCCCCCGGCCGCCCCCGGCGCCAUGCACGGCUCGCAGAAGGACACCACAUUCACCAAGAUCUUCGUGGGCGGCCUGCCCUACCACACCAACGACGCGUCGCUCAGGAAGUACUUCGAGGGCUUCGGGGACAUCGAGGAGGCCGUGGUCAUCACCGACCGCCAGACGGGCAAGUCCCGCGGCUACGGCUUCGUGACCAUGGCUGACCGGGCGGCAGCUGAGCGGGCUUGCAAAGACCCUAACCCCAACAUCGACGGCCGCAAGGCCAACGUGAACCUGGCCUAUCUGGGUGCCAAACCGCGGAGCCUCCAGCCGGGCUUUGCCAUCGGCGUGCAGCAGCUGCACCCCACCUUGAUCCAGCGGACUUACGGGCUGACCCCCCACUACAUUUACCCACAAGCCAUCGUCCAGCCCAGCGUGGUGAUCCCGGCUGCCCCAGUCCCGUCACUGUCCUCGCCCUACAUCGAGUACACGCCGGCCAGCCCGGCCUACGCCCAGUACCCGCCAGCCACCUACGACCAGUACCCGUAUGCCGCCUCGCCUGCCACGGCCACCAGCUUUGUGAGCUACGGCUACCCGGCUGCCGUGCCCCAGGCCCUCUCGGCCGCGGCCCCUGCAGGCACCACCUUCGUGCAGUACCAGCCUCCGCAGCUGCAGCCCGACAGGAUGCAGUGAGGACCACUCCCGCCCCGUGACUGCGGCGGCCCCAUCACCGCGUGCUGGACGGGUGCCGGCUGCGCCUAGGGGUGCACAGCGCGCCUGUGCCCCAGGAGACCCUGUGGGACCCCUCCUGCACCCCGGGCAGCCCAGAGACCGCUUCUCUUUACUCCCAGGACUGUCUCGUCUUGAGGGGGGACUUUGAGAGAAAAGAAUGACCAGAAGCCAUUUGAAGAUCAGCCCGAAUGUCGCACACGCACUGUUCCUACCCUCCCGCACCCCAGGAGCCCGCAGGUGGGGCCUCUGGACCCUCCGCAGACCUGGCCGCCCCUUGGGGUGAGCAGAAACCUUGUCCCGCUCAGAGGCCUUACUCCAGGGCAGCCUGUGGUCACUCCAGCCACACGGCUGUGAACCAUCCUUGGGGGCAUCGCUGGCUCCCUGAAUUCCAUUUUGUAAAUGCUGGCCCCGGGGCGCCCCUCCCAGAUGCAGCAAGGCCCCCUGGCAACCAGCGAGGGGCAGCCGGCCACGGUCCUUUCCUGUCGAAGCACUGCGACUUUUUUUCUUAUCGUCAUUGUUUUGCUACUAAGAUGAUUUCAGAGUUUCCGUCUAUUUUUUCAACGGAGACUCCCACCACCAAGAAUCCAAAACCUGUUUUUGACUUUGAGAGACUUGCUUUCGUCGGUGGCUGCUCCGCCUGAGGAGACAGUGACAGUAUGUCCAGGGUAAAGCGCCUGCCGGCUGAGUGCCCGAGCCCCCGGGGGGUGGGCGUCUGCAGACAGUGAGUUGUCUUAAGCGUGUGCCCCUCCCCACAGCCGUGAAGGGGAUGCUGGCUGAGGGGCUGGACCGCAGGGUCCCGGCUGGCGGGGUGGAGGCUCAGAGCUCAGGACUGUGGGCCCCGCCCCCCCGCCCCCCCCCCACAGUGUCGCCUGCUGUAUACCCGCCCGAGCUGCUGCAUUGAGCUGAGACACGUCUGCCUGCCUUGGGGGUUCAGGGAGUGACCGUUCCCACCCCCCAGGACGGGGCUCCUGGAGGGGGAGGGGACGUGAGAUGAGAGGACAGGCAGAGGGGCUUGGGGCGGACACGCCAGAAGGUUGGGGGUGCUGGGGUGCUCCUUCAGACCUACCUCAGGGAAGCGGGAGGCCUCGGGGCUGCCGUACGCGGGCAGGCGCUUCACCGCACGUUGGUGCAGAAUCAGGGCCUAGGAAGCAAAGGUAGCUAAUAUAAUAAUAUUUUUAUUAGAAUGU